CACCGCCAGCCACUCAUUGCAAUUCGAUUCAUCAAUCUUGACCGUGCCAGCAAAUUUUUUGACAACUCCUUAAUUGUUUACUAAAGUUGUUGUGCCUUUUUUCUGUUCUCGCUCGCUCCCUCGAGCACCCUGAAUUCUACUAGGCUUCCGCCAUGUCCGUCACUAUGAGGUCCGCCCGACUGCUGCGUACCAAUCCAGUCCUUAGGCCCAACUUCAUCGCCCGACCGCGUUAUACCGGAGCUCUAGGCGCAGUCAACGCAACAACCCUCCGAUUGACCGGAAGAGACUUCCCAUCCCAAGUAUCGGCCCUCGCGAUCCUAGUUCCGAAGCGAGGAUACGCUACAGAACAAUCAACAUCCACGUCUAGUUCUUCGGACCUACCACCUCCCGGCUUUAACGCGGAGCAAGCCAAGAAACCCAUUCCGGCCGAUCAGGCCAAGUCUGUGAGCGCCAAGGCAGGCCAACAAACCAAGCCCGAGGGUGCUCUUUCGGUGCCGACGCAGAAUGUUGCUCAGAAUAAGGGCAAGGAGGGUGGUUUAGUAACAAAGGCUGAGGAAAAGAAGGCUGGGGAAGAGGCGAAGAAGGAGGCUAAGAAGUUGACUAUCGGGCAAAAGAUCAAGAAGGAAGUUCAGCAUUACUGGGACGGUACGAAGCUUCUUGCUACUGAGGUGCGGAUUAGCUCAAGGCUUGCGUUGAAGAUGGCCGGUGGAUAUGAGCUCAGCCGGAGAGAACAUAGACAGUUGAAACGAACCGUCACUGAUCUUGGUCGGUUGGUUCCAUUCUCCAUGUUUGUUAUCAUCCCGUUUGCUGAGUUGCUGCUGCCUGUUGCGCUCAAGCUGUUCCCCAACCUCCUACCUAGCACAUAUGAGGGCAACUCUACCCGUGAGAAGAAGGCGCUAAGUCUGAGCUCUACCCGGAAGGAAGUUUCUACGUUCCUGAAGAACACACUAAAGGAGUCGGGCCUUCCUGUGACUGCAGCGACGGUCAGAAACGAGGAGUUUGCCGAGUUCUUCAAGAAGAUCCGAAGUACCGGGGAGGCGCCAUCCAGGCAAGAUGUCAUCAAGGUUUGCAAGAUCUUCAAGGAUGACCUUACUCUGGACAACUUGUCCCGACCUCAGCUCGUUGGUAUCUGCAAAUACAUGAACCUCAACGCCUUCGGAACCGACGCAAUGCUCCGGUAUAACAUUCGCCACCGCAUGCGCCAGAUCAAGCGGGAUGACCGUGCGAUUUUCUACGAAGGAGUCGAGUCUCUCUCUGUUCCUGAGCUGCAGAUGGCAUGUGCUUCUCGGGGUAUCCGUACCCACGGCGUUUCCCCCGCUCGCCUGCGCGAGGAUAUUACGCAGUGGCUCGACCUUCGAUUGAAGCAGGGCGUCCCCUCGACCUUGCUAGUCCUCAGCAACGCAUACGUCUACGCGCAGGGCGGUAAGGAGGCGGAGAUGUCCACCCAGAUCGAGUCUCUCCAGUCUGUUCUGUCGAGUAUUCCUGAGGAACUCUUCCACGAGAUUGAGCUCGAGGUGCACAACGCCGAGGGUGCCGCCACCAACAAGCAGCGCUUGGAGGUCAUCAAGGAGCAGCAAGAGCUCAUUGAGGAGGAGAACCAGCAGAAUGAAGAGAACGAAGAGAAGGGCGUUGCUGCGCCCAAGGACACCGAGGACAUUGACGAGGAAAAGUACGAUGCUAGCCAGUCCGGAGAGGCGUCGGAAGCUUUGGCGGAGGGUGAGAAGGCCGAAAAGGCUGCUGAUGCUGAGCCUUCAGUGGAGGCCGAGAAGAAGGAGACCAAAUGAUUUGCCACUUUCCUUUUGCUACUAACCAACUCUCUACCUUCUUGACUUGUGUUAUGUUUGUACGAUAGACUUUGUUUCCCGUUCCCUCGAGGCAACUCUCUCUCGCCUCGCACACUCACCAUCGCCAACACUUUAUUUCCUUUUGUUUUUCAAUAGAUGGGGCAAGCAUAAUGGACUUCAGAACCAGACUGGUGGUUGGAGUCUCAUUGCGGUUGGCCGGAUACAGGAUGGAUUUCUGCGAUUGGAUGUGUAACUAAAUACCACAAUAUAAACUGUACAUUCUGACUGUUG